AUGGCAAUGGUGCACAGGAGCCUGAAGAAGUCACUAGCCUACUACUGGGGGAACUUUUCUAGGUUAUGCUUUUUCUUAGGACUCUCCAUUGUAUUGUCUGCUAUUAUUUGGAAACAAAGCAAGGAGAAAUGCAAAUGUCCCAAAUGGGAAAAAUCUGGAUUAAAGGUAGGUAACAAAGAAAAGGAGACAAUCAACUCAGGAAAUAUUAUAUUGAAGAAGAAUCCAGAUUUCAAUGUAAUGGAAAGUGCUACAGGUCUCUUACCGAUUCAGUAUAAAUAUCUCUUGGGAUCGCCUCCUUCAGAAAAGAGAUUCUUGACCAUUGGAAUCUCUUCUUUCCACAAAAAGAAGGAACACCUUUUGCUGAAGACAAUUGAUUCCAUUUUCAGCCACUGCCGCCAAGAAGAAUUAAAUCUGAUCACCGUAGUUAUAUACCUGGCCAAUAACGAUUCUAAGUUGAACGAGGAAAACGCCAAGGAGAUGAAGGCUCAGUUUAGUGUGCAUGUGAAAGCAGGAAGGCUGCUUGUCAUACAAAGCUCUCUAGACAGUUACCCUCCUGUGCACUAUCUGAAAGUAGAUCUCUGGGGCAAAAACAUGAAAUAUAAAUCUAAACAGAACGUAGAUUAUGCUUAUUUAGUUAACUUUUGUGCCAAACUCUCUCAGUAUUAUUUGAUGCUAGAGGAUGAUAUUGUCUGUGCCACUGGUUUUGUAUCCAUUAUACAAAGCUAUGUAAGCCAGAUGGAAGAAUCCUGGACCACAAUAGCAUUUUCAAGGCUAGGCUACAUAGGGAAGCUGUAUCAUAGCUCUGAUCUCACCAAACUAGCUCGGUUUCUCUUGAUGUUUUAUGAUGAUAUUCCCGCGGACUGGGUCAUGAUAUAUUUUCAUAAAAUCAAAAUGCAAGGAGAAACUAUUUUCUAUUGGCCUUCUCUCUUCCAGCAUGUAGGGAGACUUUCUUCAUUUCACGAGUUGGAAUUACAACACAUAGAUUCAGAGUUUCAUGAAGAUGCUGAAAGUUUGGGCGAUACCCUUACUGCUUCCUGUUUCACAAACAUGCCGGCAUAUGGAAAUUACAUAAUGGCCAAUGUGUGUCCUCCUGGAAAGGGUGUCUUUUGGGGUAUGAAUGUGACAGCAACAAGCUACUUCACCAUUGUUUUUGACAACCCAAUUAUUCCUCAGAAGAUUCAGAUUUACACAGGGUCAGCCAAAUAUAGCACAGACAUUCUUCAUAAUGGUUUUGUAGAAAAGGGCUGGCUCAAAGUCAAUGUAGAUGAACGUCAAACAUGCCUAUCCUUCAAACGAAUUGGGAAUUUUAAGUCUGGAUAUUUUGAAAUGGUAGAUCAGAAUAAUAAACGUGACAUUGAAUGCCUUCAAAUAAAAGCUAGAGCUCCACAAAAGCACUGGCUGAUGAUAAGGAAAAUUAGUAUUUGGGUGAAGAAGAGUUAA